AUGAACCAGCUCCCCCUGCUGGAUUCAAUCCAGUUUCAGCAGGCAUUCAGUCUGGCUGCCAACGUCACCCUACUAGCUGUCAACAUUCGUAAUGACAGGCUCAUCAUGACAGGAAGUGGCAUCUACACCCCUUUUUCUGCCACCUACCACCACGCCAGGAAAGGGGACCCAGAGGAGGGCAGGCUGCUGGUGGCCAGAGUGCCAGUUUUGGAGCCACUUGAGGUAAAACAAAGUGCAGCCAAAGAGGUGGAGGCUGGUGGUGGGGAGUCAACAAUAUCAGCGGCUACAGACUCUGGAUACUGCUACCAAGAUAGCUGUGAUGACCCUCCUCCUCCCUCCUACCCCACCUUCAUCUCCUCUAUGAUGUAUGACACAUUUACAUUUGUCCUCUUAAAUGAGACACAAGGCGACAUUAAAGUGUGCAACGGCACUUUCUGCUGCCGCCUGCAGUACAGGUGGUUACUGCAAGACCAUAAAGAGCUCUAUGCUUUCGGCGCACUUGCAGGAACACACACCGUCAACGGACGUUACGCACUGCAGGUUUGUGCAGUAGUCUGUUGUGCAGGGUUGGAUCAGAGCUCUUGUGGACAGGAGCGGAAGAGCAGAGUCUAA